CGUCGGGGCGGGUUGUCCCCGGCCUGGCCGGUCCUGCCGCCCGCCCCGCCGCCAUGCCCUGCCCCCGGCGCGGGGCGAGAGGCGGAGCCGUGGCGGCGGGGCCACCGCCCGUCGCCUUUAUCAAGCGUGCCGGCGCGGGGGGGUGGCACUGGGGAACACCUGGUUUUCCGAUCGGCGAUCUGAAGUCCUGCGCCGGGGAUGGGAGCGCGGCUGCGGGGCGGCGGCGGGCUGGCGGCGCGGCGGUGAGCGGCUCCGGAGCGCGGCGGGUGCCUGCCUGCCUGCCUGCCUGCCUGCCCCGCGGCGGGUGUCGGCUGUGCCACGCAGGAUUCUGCUCCUGAGCAGCCGCCGCGCCCAGCCCGUGGCGAGGGCUGCCGCUAGCCGGGAGGAGGCGACCGCCGGAGGAGCCCCGCGGCCGGAGGAGCCCCGCGCUCCCAGCCUCUCCCGCUGAGCUUGCCCGCCCGCCCGCCGGCAUGAUGCAGAUCUGCGACUCGUACAGCCAGAAGUACUCCCUCUUCAACGCCAUGAACCGCUUCAUCGGCGCCGUCAACAACAUGGACCAGACGGUGAUGGUGCCCAGCCUGCUGCGGGACGUGCCGCUGCUGCUGGAGGAGCUGGAUGCGGCGGGCGCCGUCUGCCCGCCCCGGGAGGCCGCCCUGACGCCCGGCGACCCCGGCGCCUACUUCUCCCGCAGGGACAUGUACAGCCACUACGUGCUGCUCAAGUCCAUCCGCAACGACAUCGAGUGGGGGGUGGUGCAGCCUCCGGCGGGCGAGGAGGCGGCCCGCAAGAAGGACAAGCUGGGCGGCGGGCCCGCCGAGGAGGGCGAGGGGGAGGAGGACCUGGAGCAGCAGUUCCACUACCACCUCAGCGGACUCCACUCGGUGCUCUCCAAGCUCACCCGCAAGGCCAACGUCCUUACCAACCGGUACAAGCAGGAGAUCGGCUUCAGCAGCUGGGGGCAGUGAGGCCCGGGGGGAGCGGGGGAAGGCGCGUCCUCCCCCCGCCCGGCGCGGCUGCCGCGGCGGCGGAGGAGGGAGGCGAAGGGGCAGCGCCCCGGGCUGAGGCUUCCCCGCGCACUCGGAGGACUGCAGCCGGUUUUUGACCAACGCACAAGCAAAGAGAGAGACGCAAAUUAAUCAGUACUAGUUUAUUAACUAUUUCCACCACCCCCCCUCCCCGUGUUUUUGUUUUUUUUUUUUCAUUGUACGGUGUGGGGCAAGCGGUUGCGGUGGCUCCCUGGGCCGGGAGGCUGAACCUGUACCUGUACAAGGUGGAGGAGGCAUAGCUGGCAGAUAGGAGGCUCGACACAAGCCGAUGAACAUAGCAAAACUGGCCUGAGACUGUUUCUGUGACCCGGGAGGGAACCCAACGGGCUAAUGAGCAUCCCUCUGUCCCGGGAACGGAUGGCGGGUCCCAUGGUUGUACAUGUGCUGGAGUUUAUUUAAAUACUUUUUUAUUCAGAUGUAGAGUAUAUUCUAAAAUAAAUGCAAAUGUAUUGACUAAAAGUGACUUAAAACUUUUUGGUAUGAUUUAUGUUUCUUUAAUUAAAUAAUAUUUUUAACAUCUGGAA